AUAGGGAGUUUUCUAGGGGGACUUCCUCAGGAACAGAAAUUGUCCAGUUGCGGAAUCCCUUGUACCAUGUUCUGCUCGAAGUAGGUUGGAUAGAAUACGGCUGACGAAGCUUACCAGUAGAGGGACUCUGACGGCAGGAAGAGGGAGCCCGCGAGCCUCAUUGGUGGGUCCGCUCACCCGGAUGCUGGAUGGUGCUGAGGCUGGUCCCAGCAAACAGGGCGGAUGCUGGCGUUCCCUCGUCUGUUUACUCAUAUUUAUGCAUCUUAAAUGCGACUUCACAUGGACGUUUGUGGUCCAGUACACCCUCGGUGAAGGGGAAGUGAAGCUGCUCGUCUGCAAUAGCAGCGGAAGUCCACACCAAGUCGGACAGGCAGGGCCUCAUUCGGUUCGGCUUCGCGAGUGGAGUGGAGUGGAGGAUGCUGGCUGGCUGAGUUGAUCUAGCGGGUGGAAGCAGACGAAGUGGUGUCGUUAGGAGGUGGGGAAACAGCAGGAUGCAAAGCAUGACCGACACGCAGGAGGCUGCUCUUGGUGAUCCAGAGCCGGCUGCAGAGGCCACCGAGGCGGGUUCCAUGACACAGCAGGAGGAGGGCCUGUUGCAAGAGGAGAUGGACAGACUUUUAGAGGAAAACGACAUCCUGAAGUGCGAGAUAGAGGAGAUGAGGGCCGAGAUGGAAGAGAUGCGGGACACGUUCUACGAGGAGGACACCUGUCAGCUGCAGGAAAUGCGGCGGGAGAUGGAGAGAGCCAACAAAAACUGCCGGAUCCUGCAGUAUCGCCUGCGCAAAGCUGAGAGGAAGCGGCUGCGCUACGCCCAGACGGGAGAGAUCGAUGAGGAGCUUCUCAGGAGUCUGGAACAAGACCUGAAGGUUGCAAAAGACGUGUCAGUGAGGCUGCAUCACGAGCUGGAGAAAGUGGAGGAGAACCGUACCAAAACCGAGGAGGAGAAUGAGAAACUGAGGCAGAAUCUCAUCGAGGUGGAGGUGACCAAACAGGCUCUGCAGAACGAGCUGGACAAAUCCAAAGAGAAGAGGCGAGGCGGCAGGGACAUCCAGAAGACGGACAAGAAAGCAGCACAGACUCCCACUGAGGAGGACAACGAGGACCUGAGGUGCCAGCUGGCCUUGAUCAAAGAGGAGGCUGUACUUAUGAGGAGGAAGACGGCCACCAUUGACAAGGAGAAGGACCGCCUGGAGCAGGAGCUGCAGAAGUACCGCUCCUUCUAUGGCGAGCUGGACAGCACCCAUCCCAAAGGCGAGGUCGGGGGACCUCCAUCCACUCGCGAGUCAGAGCUGAAGCUCCGUCUCCGCCUGGUAGAGGAGGAGGCCAACAUCUUGGGGAGGAAAAUUGUAGAACUGGAGGUGGAGAACCGAGGCCUGAGAUCUGAGCUGGAUGACCUCCGCGGUGAGGGCGAAGGGGAAGGAAGCUCCGGGGGUGGGGUGAUGGGCGGCUCAGGCAUGGGGCGAGGGCUGGGGGACGACCUGACGGAGCUUAGGCAGCAGCUGCAGCUGGUGGAGGACGAGGCUGAGCUCUUGAGGAGGAACCUUGCGGAUGCAGAGGAGCAGAACCAGAGGGUGACCACUGAGCUUAACAAGCUUCGGUUCAAAGCCGGCACCCACGAAGGCGGGGCCCGGCACGGAGGAGGAGUGGGGACGGAGGGACUAAAGACAGAGGCCCUCCAGGAGGAGCUGAAGGCGGCCAGGCUUCAAAUCAACGACCUAAGUGGCAAGGUGAUGCAGCUCCAAUACGAGAACCGCGUGCUCCUGUCCAACAUGCAGCGCUACGACCUGGCCUCCCACCUCUCCCUGCGGCCCAGUCCGAGGGACAGCGAUGCCGAGAGCGACGCCGGCGGUGGCACUAGCGGUCGCCGUGAGAGCGACGAAGACUCCACGUCGUCCCGCCUGCUCCCGCCCCACCGCAAACGCGAGGGUCCCAUCGGCGGUGAGAGCGACUCAGACGAGGUCAGGAACACUAACGGCAGCAGCCGUUGCUUGACCCCUACGAGGGGCCUCCUUACCCCCACCGGACCAGAAGGAGCCGCCUCCCCGUCUUUAUCCCGCCUCCUGCCUGGCGGGCGGUGCAGCCUCCAUGAAAGGCAGCAAAUGAUUGACAUCCGUGUGGAAGCAGAGAGGCUCGUUCGGACCAUCGACCGCCUCAUCGCCGAAACGGCGGCCAUCAUCUCAGAGGCGAGGGUCUACGUCUCCAACGGCGAUGUCGUGCUCGGGGAUGACGGAGCAGAGGAUGACGGGAGUCGGAUUAGAGAGCAUGAGCUGCUGUACCGCAUCAACGCCCAGAUGAAAGCCUUCCGGAAAGAACUGCAGGCCUUCAUAGACAGACUGGAGGGGCCCAGGCAGGGGGAGCGGGACAGCGAGGAGCCACUGUCGAUGUUCCAGCCAAUCAUUUUGCUCAUCCUCAUACUCGUGUUGUUCUCCUCCCUCUCGUACGCCACCAUCUUUAAACUCGUCUUUCUUUUCACCCUCUUCUUUGUUCUGUGAUUCUUUUCUUCAUCUACGUUAAUCCUUUGUCGCUUCUUCUCUGUUGAUUCCUUUUUUACCUCACCUCGCUUCACCGCAUUAUUUGUUGCCAAGGUUACCGAAAGCAUAGGGAAAGCUUGAGCUGGCGUCCCAGCCUGGAAUCAAACCCAGAAGAAGUGUCAGUGUCGCCAUCCAUCCAUCCGUCCGUCCAGGCAUCGGCAACGGCAUCCCUGCCGUCACGUCCCUACAAGAAAGUACAACAAGAGGACAGACGCAAGUUGCCAUUUUGAAAAAAAUACAAAGGAAAAAGGUCUCAGAGCGUCGGGUGG